AUUAAUUUAUCAAACCCAAAAAAAACAGAAAUGAAAAAAACCAGCACAUCCCUUCAUCCUCUGUUUCCUCUCUCCAAUCUCUCGUUGAUCAAUUCCACCCACAAACUCUCUCUCUCUCUCCCUCCUCCCUUCCCUCCCAGAAAAUAAAAAGGAGAAGAGAGAAAUAGGGCAUGAUCACCACGUCCCUAUAUCAUUGCUAGAUUGGAUACAGAGAGGGAAGGAGAUCUGAUCGAUAUCUAUUUUAAAUUAAAUUAAGUAAGCGAAGAUAAUGGGUACACUUCAGACAUGGCGAAAAGCCUUUGGCGCUCUCAAAGAUUCCACCAAAGUCGGUCUUGCUCAUGUCAAUAGUGAUUAUGCGGAUUUGGAUGUGGCCGUAGUCAAAGCAACUAACCACGUCGAGUGUCCUCCAAAAGAGCGCCAUCUUAGAAAAAUCCUGGUUGCCACGUCAACGAUUCGGCCUCGAGCUGAUGUUGCUUAUUGCAUUCAUGCUCUUUCCCGCCGAUUGGCCAAAACUCAUAGUUGGACGGUAGCUUUGAAAAUACUGAUUGUGAUCCAUAGAUUAUUAAGAGAGGGCGAUCCUACUUUCAGAGAAGAACUUCUGAAUUUCUCCCAGAGAGGACACAUCCUCCAACUUUCUAAUUUCAAGGAUGAUUCAAGUCCUAUUGCUUGGGAUUGCUCUGCUUGGGUGCGUGCAUAUGCACUUUUUUUGGAGGAACGGCUUGAGUGCUUCAAAAUUCUGAAGUAUGACAUUGAAGCAGAGCGUCUUCCAAGACCUGGCCAAGGACAGGAUAAGGGCCACAGCCGGACUAGGGACUUGGACAGUGAAGAACUGUUGGAACAGUUGCCUGCCUUACAGCAGCUGUUGUAUCGUCUUGUUGGCUGUCGGCCAGAAGGUGCAGCAGUUGGAAAUUAUGUUAUACAGUAUGCUCUGGCUCUGGUUUUGAAGGAGAGCUUUAAAAUAUACUGUUCUGUUAAUGAUGGGAUCAUCAAUCUUGUGGAUAAGUUUUUUGAGAUGCCAAGACACGAAGCUAUUACAGCCCUUGAUAUCUACAAACGAGCCGGCCAACAGGCUGGUAACCUUUCUGAUUUCUAUGAACUAUGCAAAGGAUUGGAACUUGCUAGGAAUUUCCAGUUUCCUGUUUUGAGAGAGCCUCCACAAUCCUUUCUUACAACCAUGGAAGAGUACAUAAGAGAGGCACCAAGAGUUGUUUCCGUUCCAAACGAGCCAUUGCUUCAAUUGACCUACAGACCAGAAGAAGGUCCUUCAGAAGAUGCCAAAUCAUCCGGUGAUGAACCUGAGCCACCCCCUUCAGAUGAUGUUGCUGUCUCCAAUGUUGAGAUUGCUCCUCCUGCUUCUACAACCCCUCCUCAGAACAGCGUAGACACUGGAGAUUUGCUGGGAUUGAAUUAUGCAGCUCCCGAUGCAUCUUCCAUUGAGGAAAGUAAUGCUUUGGCUCUGGCUAUAAUUCCGUCUGAAUCAAAUGCUGCACCCACAUUCAAUUCUGCUGCUGGUCAAGCAAAAGAUUUUGAUCCUACUGGAUGGGAACUUGCACUGGUCACCACUCCAAGCAGCAAUAUUUCUGCCACUAAUGAGAGGCAAUUGGCUGGUGGCUUGGACUCGCUCACUCUGGACAGUUUAUACCAUGAAGGAGCAUAUCGAGCUGCCCAGCAGCCUGUUUAUGGAGCACCAGCCCCUAAUCCAUUUGAGGUACAAGAUCCAUUUGCUUUGUCAAACAGCAUUGCUCCUCCUCCUUCGGUCCAAAUGGCAGCAAUGGCUCAACAGCCGCACAAUCCUUUCAGUCCAUAUCAACCUCCCUACCCACAGCCACAGCAGCAACAUGUGAUGAUGAGCCAUGCAAAUCCUUUUGGUGAUACAACAGGGUUUGGGGCAUUUCCUGCACAUUCUGAGACUAAUAAUCCCUUUGGAAGCACAAGCCUUUUGUAAUCAUUUGUUUUUGGAGAUUUGAGGAGUGUGAUAUAGAUGGUGCAUCGGUUUACAUCCUGGAAAUGAGAAAAGAAGUGUGGGAUAGGGUUUUUACUGACACCCACAAGCAUGACGGUUUGCGGAAUGGAUCUUACAUUGGUUUGGGUUGUAAAAGUCAGGUGGUGGAUGUGUAUUAUUUGACAACUAGUAAAUACGGAUCGCAAUUUUCUCAUAAUUAAUUUUUGAAAUUUCUGCCCU